AUGGCGCUUUUUGACUUGUCUUCAUCUUCUAAUGGAAGUUUGCCUAUUCAAAGAUCUGUUCAGAUUAGUGACUUUAAUAGUAAUGGGACAUCAUCUAUUAAUGGGAAUAAUUUAUCUUCAAUUUUUCCAUCAAAUGACAAUUAUCAACCACUGGAAACUAAUAAUUUAUCGCAACAAAAUAAUCCUCCUAUUUUCUCAAUAAACCCAUUUCCUGAGGAUCCAUUUUCUUCAGCUACAUCCGCAAAUAUUGCUUCUUUGAAUGGUCAUCAUUAUCACAAUUCUGUCAAGACUUCAACAAUUGAUUACAAUAAUUGUUGGCAAAAUCCAUUUCCUUCUACUGGUGUUAUUGCUCCACAAAUGGAUGAUCCUUUUGGCGAUUCUUUUACUACGGCUUUUAACGACCAUAAAGCGGCAGUGAUCAAUAAUAUUGGACAAAAUGGUGCUGUUCCGGUGGAUGGCUUAUUUCCGCAGCCAGCCGCUGCGAUGUCUAAUAAGAGAAGCGCAAGGGAAAGCAAUGAGCAAUUCAAAUGGGACGAACCUGGCCGUGUGCGAACUUUGGAUGAAGCAUUUUCUAAACUAGUCGACAUGAAUAAUUUGAUGCCGGUUUCUGCUGCUUCGCGUGGUGGUUCUGCUAACACAAACCCAUUCAUUAUGUGAUGAGAUGUUUUUGUGUUUAUUUUUUGAUAUACUAUGUAUGUGCUUAUAUUCAUAUUUUC